AUGAAUACACCAGGAUCUGUUCUUCUUGGAUGGGUUGUAUUAAUCGGUGCUGGUGGUGGCGCAUUUUAUUACGCAAAAAAGGAUAUUAACGCUAGAAGGCGAGCCCAAGAAUUAUCUAAGACUAGGCCACCCGAAAAAUUAGAAUGGUGGCAAAGGAUUGAGCAGGACGAAAAAGCUAGUACGGCGAAGAAUUCAAGUGAUGAGGCAUCGGGUUCUGGAAAUACCACUGGUUCAAGUAAUGGCAGUAGCACUUAA